GAUGACCAGUUAAAUGUAUUUGGAGAGGACACCAUGGGAGGUUUCAUGGAAGAUUUGAGAAAGUGUAAAAUUAUUUUCAUGAUUGGUGGUCCUGGCUCUGGCAAAGGCACACAGUGUGAAAAGCUGGUGGAAAAAUAUGGAUUUACACAUCUCUCGACUGGCGAGCUCCUGCGUAAGGAACUGGCAUCAGAAUCUGAAAGAAGCAAAUUGAUCAGAGACAUUAUGGAACGUGGAGACCUGGUGCCCUCAGGCAUCGUUCUGGAGCUCCUGAAGGAGGCCAUGGUGGCCAGCCUCGGGGACACCAGGGGCUUCCUGAUUGACGGCUAUCCUCGGGAGGUGAAGCAAGGGGAAGAGUUCGGACGCAGGAUUGGAGACCCACACUUGGUGAUCUGUAUGGACUGCUCGGCGGACACCAUGACCAACCGCCUUCUCCAAAGGAGCCAGAGCAGCCCGCCUGCGGACGACACCACCAAGACCAUCGCCAAGCGCCUGGAAGCCUACUACCGAGCGUCCAUCCCCGUGAUCGCCUACUACGAGACGAAAACACAGCUACACAAGAUAAAUGCAGAGGGAACACCAGAGGACGUUUUUCUUCAACUCUGCACAGCUAUUGACUCUAUUUUCUGAAGGCGAAAAUGCAUGUUUGUUAGAGUGGAAACAGAAAAACAUUAAAAAGUUCAUUCCUUAACACAAUGUUUCAAGUUAAACCUUUUGUGCCCCCUGCCCCCACUCCCCCACCCCCUAAAUCCUGACAGCACUGUUUGCUUCCCAGCUAGACCUGUGUGAGAGGUAUCUGGAAAUCAUGCAUGGUGUAUUUGGGACUAUCAACCUCUUCUCCACACUUCAGACAACUGUCUGCACUCACAGCACACACACUGUAUAUCAUGCAGGCCACACUCAGAGCUAGUCAGUACAUAAACAGUGGUGCAGUACCAGUCUGUGCCUGUUGUGAUUACAGGCCUUGCUACACCCUGAUCAUCUGGUUCUCCUCUCAUUAAGCAUCCCUAACUCCCAGUCACAUCUUCCUCUCCCCAAGAUUUACAUACUGUUCCCCAGUGGAGGCCCCUGGCACAGGGGACAGCCCUGGCCAUCUUCCUUUGGUGUCUGGCUGUUUCGUCAACUCUCAUCUUCUGGUGGCUCAGAGCCAUAAGGUGAGUUGAUUACACAAUGCCUUGUACAUGAUAUAGAGGCAUCAAGCAAAAUUUGACAGAAAUUUUAAAAUAUGAAAUUGUAUAGGUUUUCCAAGAUGGUAAAACCCACGUUAGUCAUCAGUAACAUUCGCUAUUAUUUUUAAGAACUUUGGAAUACUGUCAUUAUGGCUAAGGGAACAAAUCUGAUAAAUUGUGUAACCUAGUCUCUUCUCUACAUGGUGAUGCAUUUCAGCAAUUAUAAAUUAAUAUCAAUGACCAAAAGUAAUUUAAAAGCAUGAGAUAUUUGCAAUUUCAUUCAUUGGGCACAUAUCAAAGUAUAAUUUUGAUUUUAAAUGGUCACCCAUUUAUUUGUUUCCAAGCAAGUGAAAAAUACCGUAACAAACCUGAUGUGGGUAGGAGGGGCAUGUCAGUAAGUGGUGUGUUCAAUCUUGUGUUUGUUUCAUAUGGGCCCUUUCCAGAAGUUUGCAAACCUUGUCAUACCCAUAUGCAAAAUUGUGUUUCCUUGCAUUAAACCAGUGAAGUUUGGGUUUUCUUUUGUGCUAUCAGUUGUAAAAUCAGAGCUUCUUAUAUAUUCUACUGGAAUAACUGCAUCUUCCACUCAGUCACUACAAAAAAACAUAGUUUCAGUUUGCAUGAUUUUUUUUUCUUCAAUGGUUGUGCAGAUAAGGAUCCAUUUCUGGGAUAGAAUUGUAUUUUUUAAGUCUCUUUUUUUCUUGAAAUGGAUAUGUACAAAUAAAAUAAAUGGAAGACAGGA